UCUCGGAUCACGUGCUGCUUAUCAGAUGUUACUGAAUAGCCUGAGUCUUUUGAUUGACAUGGUACGGUUCGCGAACCUUGCCAUCCGAAUCGCAGUCGGAUCUGAGUAUGUCGUAAAUUAUUUGGCAAUUGUGGCUGCAGUAUCCACUAUAUUCCGGCUGAUAUUAUGCGCUGCCAUUCUGACAAACUUGGUUCACCACUGCGAGAUGGUUUACCGGCAAAACAAUAAGAUUAUCUGCAUCUCUGAUUACAUGCUCAUCUUCAAAAACCCUGAGCCAAAGCUGCGAGAAGCUAUUACCGAGCUUAAAACUCUGAUCCAGUCGCGACCCAUCACCUUUCACAUGGCUAACUUUAUUAGGCUGGACUACGCUAUGCUGAUGUCUACUGCUUCUGUAGUCGUAACCUAUACGAUUAUAUUAUUGCAAAGUCUUAAUUAAAAGCUUAAA